AUGAACAAUAGGAGAAUCACAGCCCCGACCACCACAUCCACCAGCAAAACUGGAUACACCGCACGACACACUCCGCGACUCCUGUCGCUAUCAUUCCUCAUCGUCGCCGUUAUAUUGGUGUCACAACUGGCGCCCAUCGCACAGGGAGUACUGUUACCCAAACGGAUAGUCCAGCAAAUUAGCGAGAAGAUCAAAAUUCCCAAUUACUCGACGCUCGAGUUGGACGAGGCGUUCAACGCGGGCAAGACCAGGGUGGUCGAGAAGUUGCGCCACGAGAACGACCUGAUCAAGGAUGGCUUCACCACCGACAUGGAUAAGGUGACGGCCACCAGUCGCCAUCAGGCGGUCACCACGACGCUCGCCAAAGGCAACCAAUUAGAGCACAUGCAGGAGGUGUUCGAAGAGACGAGUAAAAUACUGCUCAAGAAUAUCACGAAAGACAUGUCCGAUCAGAUGGACUUCGCCGAGUCGGCGAUGGCACUGUCGGCCAUACCGUUGACCGCCUCGUCCAUCGCCCGGCAGGCCGUCCAUCGGUGUCAAGAGGAGCAGUUCGUGCACUGCCGGCCCUCCCGGUACCGGACGGCCGACGGCAGUUGCAAUAACCUCCAUCACCCGACGUGGGGGAAGUCCUUCUCGUGUUUUGUGCGCCUAAUAGCCCCCGAUUACGCGGACGGCCAGUCGGCGCCCAGGAUAUCGGUCACUGGCCAUCCGUUGCCUAAUCCCCGUAUAUUGUCGGCGGUGGUGCACCGGGAUCUCAACUACCCGGCCACCUACACCCACAUGGUCAUGCAGUACGGACAGUUCUUCGCACAUGACAUUGCCUUCACUCCCAGCUCAAGGACAAAGGAUGGAAAGAUGAUACAGUGCUGUCCCUUAGAGCCCAAUAGUCAUCCGCAAUGUUACCCAAUUCUGGUACCACUGGACGACCCCUUCUACUCGAAAUGGGAGGAAAACUGUCUAAACUUCGUGCGGACAGCGAUGUGCCCGCAGUGCCGACUCGGCCCCCGGGAACAGAUGAACCAAAUCACGGCUUACAUCGACGGCUCCCAACUGUACGGCUCGAUGCAGAACGAGACGGAAUCCCUUUGGACCAAAUCGGGACCCGCGGGUCGUAUGCACGUGUCGUUGGCCCGGAACGGAGGGGAACUCCUGCCGCACUCGCCGGAGCCCGCCAGCGACCAGUGCUCCAAACCCGAUGAGCAGCAGUUCUGCUUCAAGGCGGGCGACAAGCGGGCCAACCAGCACCCGGCGCUCAUGUCCUUACACGUGCUGUGGCUCCGGCAGCACAAUAGGGUCGUCAAUGAGUUGAAACACAUAAACCCGCACUGGAAUGGAGAGCUACUCUACGAGGAGGCUAAACGGAUAAUCGUGGCGCAGAUGUCGCACGUGGUGUACGCCGAGUGGCUGCCACUCGUCGUCGGUCCGGACGCCAUGAAGUUCCUGAAGCUCAGCAUACUUAGCGAUGGCUACACGGAGUACGACCCGCACGUGAACGCCGGCGUCAUCAACGAGUUCGCCGGCGCCGCCUUCCGGUUCGGCCACUCUCUAGUCAACAGCGUGUUCGCCGAAAUACUGCCCAACGGAAAGACAUCCGGCUAUCGGUUGCGGGAGUUCUUCUUCAAUCCGUUCGGCUUCUAUGAGGGACAGCUGGACAGCGUCCUCCGCGGUCUCAUCAGUCAAGCCGCUCAGAAUAGGGACCCCUUUGUCUCGUCCGACAUGAAGAACCAUCUCUAUCGGCCUAAAGACAACCCGUACGGUCUGGAUCUGCCGGCGUUCAACAUACAGAGGGCCAGGGAUCACGGCAUCAGAGGCUACACCAGUUACUUGAAGUUCUGUUUCGACGAGAAGAUCUCCCACUGGAACCAAUUGGAUCAAUACAUGCCUACCUCGCAGAGGAUGCGCUUCCAAAACCUUUACAAAUCAGUCCACGAUUUGGACCUAUUCUCCGCCGGUUUGGCUGAGUAUCCGUUGCCGGGCGCGGCGGUCGGUCCCACAUUCACCUGUAUUAUCGGCAUUCAGUUUUAUAAUCUGAAAUACGGCGACAGAUUCUGGUUUGAACACAAAAACCAAAUCGGAUCGUUCACACCC